AUGGCUCCCUCGCUCCAAGCGGAACGUCGUCCUUGUUUCUCCAAUUCUCUUAGCAAAAGGAGAAAGUGGCAGCAAAAGCUUGGUUUAGAGGAGACCCGAGUAGCGAUUCACGAGAUCAAUAUCACCCUUUCCUCCAAGAAUGUCAAAAACCUUGAGAAAGUUUGCACCGAGUUGGUUUAUGGUGCCACCCAUGAGAAUCACUACCAAGAGCUGGCAGAGGCCCCUGAGUGUGGUAGCAAAUUUAUAAACUCUAAAGCUUCUAAUGGGGAUGGACUGUGGGACAUUACCUCAUCCUUGAGGAAACCGAAAGUCAAGAAAAAGGCGAGUGAUGACAUUUCAGCAGUGAUUCAACAAGAUCUCGCUGAGCUUCAAUGUAGAGUUGCUCGAUGA